ACCAUAAAAAAUCCCUAGGGUUGUUGGCGGAUGUUGAGUUUCGCCGCCCCAAAAUGGCGAGGUUUGGUGUUGGGCGUUGGGUUUGGCCACCCGAAAUGGCGACGUUCGGCGUUGGGCGUUGGGUUUGGCCAACCAGAACAGCGAGGUUCGACUUUGGACGAUGGGAUUGGCCAACCAGAAUGGCAAAAUUUGGCUUUGGACGUUGGGUUUGGCCACCCAAAAUGGCGACGUUCGGUGUUGGGCGCUGGGUUUGGCCAACCAGAACAGCGAGGUUCGACUUUGGACGAUGGGAUUGGCCAACCAGAAUGGCAAGCUUCAAGUUUGGACAACGAGUUUGGCCACCCAAAAUGGCGACGUUCGGUGUUGGGCGCUGGGUUUGGCCAAGCAGAACGGCAAAAUUUGGCGUUGGAUGUUUGGUUUGGCCACCCAAAAUGGCGACUUUGGACUUUGAGCGUUGGGUUUGGCCAUGCAGAACGGCGAGGUUUGACUUUGGACGAUGAGUUCGGUCGUGACGGCAUCCAUGUUGGCUUUGGGCUUUGGGUUUGGCCACCCCAAAAUGCCGAGGUUCAGCGUCGGGCGUCGAGUUUGGCCGCCCAAAACGUUUCGACAUUGGGCGUUGGAUUUGGUCACCCAAAAUGGCAAAACUUCGAGUUUGGACAGUGAGUUUGGCCACCCAAAAUGGCGACGUU